UAGCUAACCCUAGUACUCAACUCCUUCUUAUUCUCUUCUACAAAACUAAGAAACAAAGUGAAUUCAAUUUUCUCAUGUUCUUAUUAUUAUUUUUUUUUUUGAUUCAAUAAAAUCAUUAUAUUAUCUUUCUAAUUUCCAAAUCAUUACAAUCUUUCCCUUUCUUGUACUUUCAUUUUCUUUUUCUCACUUACUCUUUCCAUCAAUCUACAUCCCAAGAAACAAGUACAAAUUAUCAAGGUCGAUUCAGAAUUUAGAGUCAACCGGUCAAACUAGAUAGAUGUGAUCUACUAGACAUAUUUCCAUUUUCAUUGUUUUUUUCCAAAUAUAUGUCUAAGUGAUUCGAUCUGAAAGUAUAGCUAGCUAGUGGUUUAGUUAUUGAAUCUGGUGAACUCGUUCUAGAUCUGCCUCUAUAAGAAUAACGAAAAAGAGUAUGGAUCCCUCGAACAAUUCUCUACCCCCUCCUUUCCAUACGAGGAAUUUCAACUUACAGCACCAGCACCAGCACCAGCACCACCAACCACUUCAGUUCCAACAAAGCUCAGAAGACGAGCAAAGUGGAACAAGUGGGCUUAACAUGUCCGGUCAAAAGAGAGAUCGCAAAGACAACAACAACAUCAACAACAUCAACAACAACAACGACAACAACAACGACAACUAUAAUGAUUCAAAUGUUGGUGAAUCGACCGAUGAAUUAGGCGUAAACGGAACCAAUAGAGAAGGAGAGUUCAAUAGAAGGCCAAGAGGUAGACCUUCUGGAUCCAAAAAUAAGCCAAAAGCACCUAUCAUCAUAACUAGAGAUAGCGCAAAUGCACUUAGAACUCAUGUUAUGGAAAUUGCUGAUGGUUGUGAUAUUAUGGAAAGUGUUUCAAAUUUUUCAAGAAGACGUCAAAGAGGUGUAUGUAUUAUGAGUGGUACAGGCAAUGUUACAAAUGUUAACUUAAGACAACCAGCUUCACCAGGUGCGAUUGCAACCCUACAUGGACGUUUUGAGAUUUUAUCCCUAGCGGGAUCGUUUCUCCCACCACCAGCUCCGCCAGCAGCGUCAGGGUUAACGAUAUAUUUAGCUGGCGGACAAGGUCAGGUGGUGGGAGGUUGUGUGGUAGGGUCACUUAUGGCAUCCGGUCCGGUUGUUAUUAUGGCGGCCUCGUUUAGCAAUGCAGCUUAUGAAAGACUUCCUUUAGAGGAUGAUGACUCGAACCAACUUCCGGUUCAAGGAGGUUCAAUAGGUUCUCCUGUAGCGACAACUGUCGCUCCAGGAGGACCACAACAACAACUACUUGGUGACCCUUCACUAUUUCAUGGAAUGCCACCAAAUCUUCUCAAUAAUGUUCAAUUACCUUCCGAGGCCUAUUGGGCAACGGGUCGACCUCCAUUCUAAACUCAGCUCAGAUUCGGGUAACAGUUUUCUCUGAUUCACUUGUUUAAGGUCACGACCCUC